AUGGCCAGUAUGGAUGUGCUGUGCACCGAUAAAACCGGGACUUUGACCCUCAACAAGCUUAGUGUUGAAAAGAAAUUGAUUGAGGUUUAUGCUAAAGGCGUUAAGAAAGAACAAGUUUUGCUUCUCGCUGCGAGAGCUUCAAGAACAGAGAAUCAAGAUGCUAUUGAUACCGCUAUGGUUGGAAUGCUUGCUGAUCCAAAAGAGGCAAGAGCUAGAAUUAUAGAAAUUCAAUUCUUACCAUUCAAUCCAGUUGAUAAGCGAACGGGUUUAACUUAUAUCGAUGACAACGGAAAUUGGCAUCGAGUUAGCAAAGGAGCUCCAGAGCAGAUUCUUGAUCUUUGCAACGCAAGAGCUGAUCUGAGGAAGAGAGUCCGCUCUGCAACCGAUAAGUACGCUGUGCGUGGACUCGGGUCAUUAGCUGUUGCAAGACAGGUGAGGAAAAUGUUACAUCUUUUGUGUUUUUUUUUGUGCAAAGGAAAAUGUUACAUCUUGUAA